AUGGCAAAGGCGGAAGCAACAACAAAACCGACGGGCAAGGUCGUCAAGAAGGCUCGAAUUGUCGUGCCCACCAAAAAGGUCACAGUCCGUGACCCCAAAGGCACCCCACCACCCAAACUCAAGAGCGCACUCAAAUCAAAAUCGACGGCGGCGGCUGCACCUGCUGAAGCGAGCUCUUCCAAGGCCAAGAUCACACAAACCGCGUCUUCAAAGACGAAACCCGAAUCGCUGUCAAGCAAAGCGAAAGGAAAGAAGAAAUCAACAGGCGAGGAAGAACCUACACCCCUUCCCUCUACUUUCAAAAUCAUCGCUGGAUCAUAUGAAAAACUUUUGUAUGGGCUCAACGGGACGACUUCUGUGAACGAUGAAGGGAAGUUGGAAUUUAAGAUUAAACCUAUCUUCAUCUUUCCCGCGCAUGUCUCGUGUAUAAAGGCGGUCGCUGCAUCCCCGCAGGGAGGGAAAUGGCUCGCGACGGGUAGUGCGGACGAAAUCAUCAAGAUUUGGGAUUUGAGAAGGAGGAAAGAGGUCGGCGGGUUGAUGCACCACGAAGGUUCAAUUACACACCUCCAUUUCCCUUCCCGAUCCCACUUACUCUCUGCCUCCGAGGACGGAAGUUUGUGCUUGUUCAGAGCGCGAGAUUGGUCCGUGUUGCGAGCGUUAAAGGGCCACAAGGGACGAGUAAACGCGGUGACCAUUCACCCAUCUGGAAAGGUCGGGUUAAGCGUGGGCAAGGACAGGACUUUGAGGAUGUGGGAUCUUAUGCGAGGAAAGGGUGUUGCAAGUACGAAAUUGGGCAAAGAGGGUGAGUCUGUUCGCUGGUCUGUCGACGGUGAACGCAUUGCCGUUCAGUCCGGUUCAACUAUCGACAUCUAUUCAACGAGCAUGGAACUACAACACACUAUCACCCACCCAUCGCGCCUACACGACGUCCAAUUCUGCAAACACGUUAAAGGCGAUCAAGAAAUUCUCUUCGCAGGCGCCGAAGACAAAAAGCUCUCCAUCUACAUCGUUCCCAAGGACGCGUCUGUACAACCUACUAUCUUCGCGCAAAUGGUUGGACAUGGUAACCGCACUCCCCGAAGCCUCGGGUCGAACAGAAACAACAAUCGUAUCCACCGUCUCCUCAGAUGGCAAAAUCCGUCUCUACGACCUAAACGACGUGCCCGAAUGGUCGUCCUCUUCAAAGGAUAUAGUCGACAUUUCGCCAGUCGCAGAAUACGAUUCGAAAGGAACCCGAUUGACCUGCGUCACGCUGGCUGA